AUGGCGAACCCUAGGAGGGUACUGAUUGAAAACAACAGAUUGUCACCUCUAAUCAAUCUACUGAAGAAGCCUCAAGCGUUUCCUCUACUUCUCUCGUUUUUCCUCUUGCUCACAUGGAUCUCUCUCAGGGUACAGCACUCUUCUCACUUCGUUUCGUCAUCUUCCAAUCCGAAAACUACAGUAAAGAGUAAUCCCGAUUUGGAAAUCCACGACGACGACGAUAAGGUUAAUCUGGUCCGGUUCGAUUCGUCGUCGCUUUCUCCCGUCCGGAAAGACGACCGUGGAUGGUUGCUUGAUCCCAUUAUCCUAGCUCGUAACUCUCAGCUCAAUGGUGGAGCUGCGUCGUGUCUUUCGAUUCAUGUUGGUGAAAUACGGCCUGGUGGUUUGAGGGGAAACCACAGACACCAUACCUGUAAUGAGACGUUCGUCAUUUGGGGAGCCAGAACAAAAUUCAGGCUGGAGAACCCCAAGGUUGAAAAAGGUUAUGCCGAAGUAGUAAUUGGAGAAGAUGAAGUAGCUGUAGCGGUUAGUCCGAGUGGCACGGCUCAUGCUCUAGUAAAUGUGGAUCCUGUACGUUCUACUUUCUUCAUUGGCUGCCAAGACAGUACUAUGCACAACAGCUCAACUAGCGACUACAAAGUAUGGAAAGAUCUCUUAUCCAAAGUUGGUUAA